AUGGCGGACGUGAGCGAUCCCAGCGAGCUGUUCGACCUGGAGCUGCACGACCUGGAGCUGCAGGACGACAAGGCCAGGGACUCCGACGACGACAGGAUCGAGCUGGACGACGUUGACCUAGAACCGGAAUUGUGUAUUAAUCUGCACCAAGACACUGAGGGCCAGGAGACCAUACAGCUUUGCGAGGAGAAUGUCAAUCCAGGUAAAAUCAAGCUGGGACCCAAGGACUUUGAGCUGAAGAAGGUACUUGGCAAAGGUGGCUAUGGCAAAGUAUUUCAGGUGCGCAAGACCGCUGGACGAGAUGCCAACAAAUAUUUUGCCAUGAAGGUGCUCAAAAAGGCAUCCAUUGUGACCAAUCAAAAGGACACAGCGCACACCCGCGCCGAGCGCAAUAUACUCGAGGCAGUCAAGCAUCCCUUCAUAGUGGAGCUAGUUUAUGCCUUCCAGACAGACGGAAAACUAUACCUUAUACUUGAAUAUCUCAGCGGCGGAGAGCUGUUCAUGCAUUUGGAGCGCGAGGGCAUCUUCUUGGAGGAUACCACAUGCUUCUAUCUAAGCGAAAUCAUUUUGGCAUUGGGCCAUCUACACAAACUGGGCAUCAUCUAUCGCGAUCUAAAGCCCGAAAACAUACUACUCGAUGCACAGGGACACGUGAAGCUCACCGACUUCGGACUGUGCAAGGAGCACAUACAAGAGGGUAUUGUCACCCACACCUUCUGCGGCACAAUUGAGUACAUGGCACCUGAAAUCUUGACCAGAAGUGGCCAUGGCAAAGCAGUCGACUGGUGGUCACUGGGCGCUCUCAUGUUUGACAUGCUCACAGGAGUCCCACCCUUCACCGCCGAGAAUCGCAAGAAGACCAUCGAAACCAUUCUGAAAGCCAAGCUCAAUCUGCCAGCCUACCUCACACCGGAAGCCAGGGAUCUGGUGCGUCGCCUGAUGAAGCGGCAGGAACCUCAGCGUCUUGGCAGCGGACCCGAGGAUGCGGCGGCUGUCCAAAUACACCCAUUCUUCAAACACGUCAACUGGGACGAUGUGCUUGCCAGACGCCUCGAACCGCCUAUAAAACCGCUCUUGAGAAGCGAGGACGAUGUCUCACAGUUUGAUACAAGAUUCACAAGACAAAUUCCAGUGGACUCACCUGAUGAUACGACGCUAAGCGAAAGUGCCAAUUUAAUUUUCCAAGGUUUCACCUACGUAGCGCCCUCGAUACUGGAGGAAAUGCAUCGGGCCAACCGGAUGCCGGCACGCUCCCCACGACGCACUCCUCGCCAGCUGCCGGACUGCAGCUUCCGCCUACAGUUCCCAUCGGCCAAUGUGGGCGCCAACGCGCCGAUGGCCAUGCACGGUCAUCCGCAGCGAUCCGGGAUGUUUGCACGGGCCACGCCGCCGCACCACAUGCAGACAUUCGCGCCACGACCCUCACCGGCGCAGGACGAGAUGAUGGACGUGCAGCACGGUCUGCCGAUGGUCUAAAGGCUGGAGGGAUUGCUUCCCAACCAUCCCAUCCCAUCCCAUCCCAUGUCAUCCCGUCCCGUCGCAACCCACCAGCUGCACCAUAAGCUUCUCCGGAAGGAAAGAAUACAGAAAUUGACAGUUACUAUUAUGACGAAUGUGGAGUGUGGACUUGGUUAAGGAUACGGAAUGAGCAGGACGAUCAACAGGAGGAGGAGGAGGCGGAGGCUGAGCAGCACGAGGAGCACAUGGCCUCAGUGCGCGAAAUUGUUUUUGUUAUAGAGAAGCGCGCUCGGAUCGCGCUGUUGGAUACCGAGGCAGAUGGAUAAGAUGAUUGUGCUACGCGAUGGAAAGCGUUCGUUUUUGGAUACACCUAGAUACUACAGAGUUAGAGACAUCCACAUAAGCAUAUGCUAUAGCAAUUACUAUAUACACCUAGAGAGAUGGGUAACCAGCCCCCAAACUUAUCCGUGUUUAUGUAUAAAUAUUAUACUUACACUUAUGUUUUAUAUAGGCAAAAAGGUUUACACAAUUUAGUUCAAAUGUACACGCAACACUUUAUUUUCUUUUUACACUUAUUUAACGCCAAUCGAAACAGACAGCAGCCGCAGAUCAUUUAUAUAACGAAAAAGUUCUGUACUUGCGAGAUAGCUCUAAAUACAAAUCUACACAUGAAUCGUGUGAGUUUGUGGCUCAGACACUGAGUACCUUCUGAGUUCUUCACAGCUUAUUUUUUUUGUUUUCGAACAGUUUUCCAAUUGUUUUUGUCAUUUCGAACACCUACGGUAGGCAUAUAGUGACGUUAGUUUUUAGGGACAACUGCAGCGUAGCCAACAACACAAACUUAAAUGAAAUGUAAAUUAUAAACUAAACUAGUGCAUUAAAGAGUAAACUAUAAAAUAAAGUACAUAACGUAAAGUAAAGGUUUCCCAGCUCGAUUAUAAAAAAGAAAACGUGGCCCAAAUUCCUUUUGGGCCCAACUUGCUCGCAUAGCCAAUUUGUAUUCAAUGACCUACCCCCCGAGGAGCUCCGCCUCUGUUUUAGUCAGCUCCUUACAAUUGGUCUAAUUCGAUUUGAGUUGCAUUUCUGGAUUCAAGCUAAUAGAAUGGAACAAGAAAAUACCGCGUACUGAGAAGCUAAACGCUGCCACAACCAUAAAAAGCAUUAAAAAAUAAACGAAACAAAAUGAGGAGAUAUACAAAAUGUAUGCAAUCGAUUAAUGUACUUUGAUUAUAUUCCGUUUCAGUUUGCAAUCUGAAUCAUAUUUUUUGUAUUUGCCUAAGGAAUGAGAGAACGUUAAAUCUCUACAGAAAUAACAAAUUAAGAUGUCAAAUAUAAUCAAAAGGUGC